AUGAAAGAGGCGAUCAGAAUAGUACUCGAAUUCAUUUACGAUCCCGAGUUUCCAGACACAUCACACUUCCGCUCGGGUCGAGGCUGCCACUCGGUCCUAAGACGGAUCAAAGAAGAGUGGGGAACCUCCCGCUGGUUUUUGGAAUUCGACAUCAGGAAGUGUUUUCACACCAUCGACCGACAUCGACGCAUCUCAAUCUUUAAGGAAGAGAUCGACGAUCCCAAGUUCUUUUACUCCAUUCAUAAAGUCUUUUCCGCCGGACGACUCGUAGGAGGUGAGAAGGGUCCUUACUCCAUUCCACACAGUGUAUUACUAUCGGCCCUACCAAGAAAUAUCUACUCACAAGCUCGAUCAGGAGAUAGGGAGGAUCCGACAGAACCCUCGAGCCUCCUUUGCGCCGCCUUCCUCGUAGAAGCCGCCGGGUUGACCCCAAAGGCCGAAUUCUGUGGAGCUGGAAAAGCAUCUACGGGUAAAGCAUCGUAUCCAUAUAACUGCUUACCAUCUACGCUCCGCCAUGCAUUCCAAGUCGAAGUAAGGUGCUAUCGGACGUUCAACAAGCAGUCUCACGAUCGGGCACUCAUGCCCGGAAGUUCUCAUUGUAUACUCCUGCAGGUCGGAAGGCGGCAAAGGAAGGAGGGGGACGCUGGGCGAGAUCUACCAGCAAGCGAAUUUCCCAUACAAAUAGAGAUCCGCUGGUCUGCAAUAUUCACCCUGGUCCACAAGCACAAAUCCUCGGCGCGGAAUAUAAUCCCCAAGUACUCCAAAGACUCAAAUAUAGUCAAUCAAGAAGGCGGUAAGACCCUUGCGGAAUUCCCCAACAGCAUAGAGCUUGGGAAGCUCGAAUCCGGUCAAGAUCCGAACAACAAAGGAGCACUCCACUACUAG